ACGUCAACCGUGGCCUGCCAUGUAGUAGGUGGUAGGUGGUGGUAGGGACAGGAGACGCCAUAAUUACAUAAUUUUGGCAGCCAUUCAGGCCAACCACUUGGAAUCUGUGAUGCAAAUGCACUUCCUGGCACUCUCGACUCUGGUACAGCCGUACAAGCAUGGCACGGCACUGGGCGCCCAAUGCGGAUUGUUCACCUCACCAGACCCUGUGCCGCGUGUGAAGCGAAGAGCACGACUCAGGACCAAGCAUGGCCGAUGGGCCUAGGACGAGGGUGGCCCCGGAGGACGAAGUGUAUCAUGACGACCAAGCACCACAAGAGCCGGAUGUUGUUCCCUCCAGCACAAGAUGUUCGCAAAUCAACGCACAGUACUGGACUGGUACCACAGUGGAGGGAACGCAGCCAGAUGCAGGUACUGACUCAGAGGCUCACCAUCAAUGCACGGACAUCUGUCACUUAUCCGCUUUGAGCAUCGUUCAUGAAUCAUAGAACCGCUCAGCAUGCUCGAAUGAACGGGUAUGAUGCAGACCUACAUAUUCCUACAGCACGACCGAGUCAGCAAUGCUGCCCUGGAGGGCUCUUGGGGGCCUGCUGGGCUUGCACUCUUGGGCAUCGAGUGGCUUUAGCAAGUAUCGAUUCAAGCUGCAGACUCCACGUUGGAAAAUUACGAAUACUACCGCCGUACGAUGACGACGUCUUCCAAAGCACCAUGACCGAGUCUCGUGGACCGCCCAAUAGCUGAGUAUAACAAAGCUAUCUCGCAUUGUCCCGUUAGUUCUUCCUUACUUUACAGAAAAAACACAUUCUUCAUUCUUCAUUAUUCAUCAACAUACACACACACACACACCGCUCUUCAAUGCAUAAUAGUCGUGCAUGAAGACUGUCACAUUCAGGAAUCAAGCAGUUCCGCUGAGCAUGGGAUUUUUCGGCAAAAACGCCAACACUUCAGCUAUUGGUCGAUUGAACAACAACCACGGAUUGAGUGUCAUUGAGGAGAAGCAGGAGAACACCAAGUCAAGAAACUCCAUGAUGAGGCCUGCAAGUCGAGGUACCAGUCGGUCUCGCCCCCCAGGUAACACUGGCUUGAACUCCAAUGGAAUCAGCUUUAACAAUGAUUCGUCAGAUGACGGGAUCGACACCCGCCGUGACACCCAAGUGAAGGUCGUCUCUAUCAACAACGGGACUGGCAACGGUCGUGCGUCCUCGUCAUCUGAUGAGUCACCCAACUCUGGCUGGUCGAACAAGGGCGGGGACAGUUCAGAGAGCGAAUACAGCACCACGAGCACAGGCUCUUCUCUGAGAACCGAGGCGAAAGGCGGAAACAACAACAACAACAACUCGAGCUUCAGCUCAACGCCGGUGGGGAACAUGUCGAGCAACGGGUCGUCGAACAAUAGCUCGUCAAACAACAAUUCAUCGAACAAUAACUCGUCGAACAACAACUCGUCGAACAACAGCUCCUCGAACAACAACUCGUCAUCGAAUAACGGCAACUCAAGCAACAACACAUCGUACGGAGGAAAUGAUAGGAACGCUUCCAGUACAGGCUCCUCGUCACUGGGCUCGUCGAACAACAACAGCUCUGGAAUGGGCGGUCAGAGCAACAAUUCAUCGCUCGGCAUGUCAAACAACACUUCUUCGACUGGUGGCUCGGGCUCAACAGGUUCAUCGUACGGGAGCAGCGGCACGUCGUCGGGUAACAACAUGUCCGCCUCGUCGAACAACAACAACAACAGUUCUUCUUUGGGAGGCUCGAACAAUACCAGCUCCACUCAGGGUUCUUCUAACAGCGGCUCAUCCCUGAGCAGCAACAACAACAACUCGUCCAUGGGCAGCAGCAACAACUCGUCCAUGGGCAGUGGCAACAACAGCUCGUCCAUGGGCAGUGGCAACAGCUCGUCGAUGGGUAGCAGCAACGCCAGCUCGUCGAUGGGCAGUGGCAACAACAACUCGUCGAUGGGUAGCAGCAACAACAACUCGUCGAUGGGUAGCAGCAACAACAACAACUCGUCGAUGGGUAGCAGCAACACCAGCUCGUCCAUGGGCAGUGGCAACAACUCGUCCAUGGGAAACAGCAACAACUCAUCCACGACGAGUUCAAACAGAGCAAACAACAACAACUAUGCGCAAGACAACUCUUACACCGAUUCAUCCUCUGGCUACAACUCUGGUGGCGAGGCUCAACGCUCCAAAUCCUACACACGUGACUUUGGCACUGGAACUGAUGACCUGAAGAAGCGAUCCGGCACUCCAAAGGGUUCUCAGCGCACAGGAACGAAUGGCAGAUCCAACUUGUCCCAUUCAACCGCUGCCAACAACAACAACAACAACAACUCGUCAUAUGGAAACAACAACAACAACAACAGCCACUCUCGCAACGGCAGCAACGCCAGUGGAUACGGUGGCAACAACCAACAACACAACCAGAGUGGCUGGAACGGUGAUGCGAAUCAGUACACUGGCCGAGACAAUGCUCGCGACUCUGGUCACGACUGGAAUCGUGAUGAGCAGAAGGCGUACGACGAGGGUGCGCGCAUUGCUGCCAACGAAAUGAAGCAUAUGGAUAUCAACGAUGAUCGCGAUUUUAAUAACAACAACAACAACCACAGCCGUGGGGGUCGCAACGAUGGAUACGGUCGUAGCAACAACAACAACAACCAAGGCUAUGGCGGUGGUGGCGGUGGUGGCAGAGGCUACAACACUAACAAUUACGGAGGAGGCUACAGCAACAACAACUCCUCCCACGGCCACAACGACCGCGGAUACGGCUACAACAACAACGACCGCGGCUACAGCAACGAUCGCGGAAACGGCCGCUGGAACAAUAACAACAACCACAACAACAACAACCACUACCGCAACGACUCCCGUUCACGAGGCCGCCGUGACAGCCCUCCUCAACAGCAAUCUCGCUUCAACACCGACCGCAAAAUGGACGUCGCUUAUGAAGCCGGCUACGAGGAUGCCAUGAGGAAAGUGAAAGCCGACAUGAUGCGUCAAUUCGGAAGAGAUUACUAGAUGAUGCAUGAUGUAAAAGCAACCGCAUCUUUCCCUUACUACUACCAGCAAACAAGCAUUAUGUCUGUCUGUACCACAAAAGUGUUGAGCACUUUUUGCUGUUAUGACGGAACAACUACGAGUCUUACGCCAUGAAAGAGAGAAAUCGAACAAGCACCAAGAAUACGAGAGAGCGAUCUUACCAAGAUGGAGGAGGAGGAGGAAGAAGAAGCUACUGCUAAUCUAGGACCUCGGAAUCUGACGAGAACCUGGGUUGUUGUCGUGGUUGUUGUCGUUGGUAUUUGGUUUUUCUUGCCUUGUGUACUAGUAUAUACCCAAACCUUUUUUUUUACAAAGCAACCCUUUUUGGGGAGAGAGAUGUCUUAUGUACAAUUAGUUUCCUUUGUUUUUGUCAUUUAAAGAUGGAUGGGAUGGGGUGGGAAGGUUAUGGGAUAUGAGUGAAGAAGAAAGAAGAAUUAUUACUAUCUAUCUUGC